UCCUGAACUCAUCUCUCCUUCCUCCCACGAAGAGAGGAGGGGUCCCAAUUCCCAGCCCAAACUCGUUAAGAAACCUCCGAUUCGCCUUUUUCUCAGUCAAUCAAUCAAUCAUUCGAUCAAUGACCUCCGCCGUGUCUUCCUCCUCUCCUUGGCUUCUCCCCACGCCACCUCCUGCUCCCAGCCCCUCCAAUAUGGCCCCACCAAACCCCCCUCCAGCUCCCCCUCCACCGCCAUCCUCCUCCUCCCACGACCACGGCCACGAGGAGGAGGAGGAGGAGGAUUCCUCCUCAAUUGCCUCAUCCGUCUCGGACUUCUCCGACAUCUACACGGCUUCCACUGCGACCACAAUUCAACCGCCCCAAAACCCUAACCCUACUACACCCAACUCCGCCACCACCGCCACAACCGCCUCCGGAGCCCAAUUAUUGCCUCCCCCAACUCUCCUCCACCUCUCCUUCAAUCAAGACCACGGCUGCUUCGCCGCUGGCACCACCUCGGGAUUCCGCAUCUACAAUUGCGACCCUUUUCGGGAAAUCUUCCGCCGGGACUUCUCCUCCUCCUCCUCCUCCUCUAUGUCUGCUGUGGUUGGAGGUGGAAUUGGGGUUGUUCAGAUGCUCUUCAGGUGUAAUAUUUUAGCACUGGUUGGUGGCGGGCCUGACCCCCAGUACCCAUUGAAUAAAGUAAUGAUCUGGGAUGAUCACCAAGCUCGGUGUAUUGGAGAAUUAUCGUUUCGAUCAGAGGUUAAGUCCGUUCGGCUGAGACGGGAUCGAAUUGUGGUGGUUUUAUUGCAGAAGAUAUUUGUUUACAACUUUGCGGACUUGAAGCUGAUACAUCAGAUUGAGACUGUGAUGAAUCCAAAAGGGCUUUGUGAGGUUUCUCAUGUUUCUGGGUCAAUGGUGCUGGUUUGUCCCGGUUUGCAAAAGGGACAGGUUAGAGUGGAGCAUUACGCCUCAAAGAGGACGAAAUUUAUAGUCGCUCAUGACUCCAGAAUAGCGUGUUUUGCGCUCACUAAUGAUGGGAGGUUGCUUGCUACCUCGAGUAGUAAGGGGACUUUAGUCCGAGUUUUCAAUACUCUAGAUGGAUCACUGCUUCAGGAGGUGAGGAGAGGAGCAGACAGAGCAGAGAUUUACAGCCUUGCUUUUUCUUCGUCUGCCCAGUGGCUAGCUGUGUCAAGUGAUAAAGGAACUGUACAUGUCUUUAGUCUAAAGGUUGAUUCUGGAUCUUUAGGGAGUGAUAGAGCACGUGGAGCAGCGGAACCAAACAAUGCAUCUCCAACUGCAGUUUCACAUCUCUCCUUCAUAAAAGGAGUUUUACCAAAGUAUUUCAGUUCUGAGUGGUCAGUGGCUCAAUUUAGGUUGGCGGAAGGCUUACAGCACAUUGUUGCUUUUGGUCACCAGAAGAACACUGUUGUAAUCCUUGGCAUGGAUGGGAGUUUCUAUAGAUGUGAGUUUGAUCCAGUGGCAGGUGGAGAAAUGACCCAGCUAGAACAUCACAAUUUCCUCAAGCCAGUAGAAAGUUUCUGAAGUUAAAAACAGAGAGAUUUUCUGGCACCUUUUCUUGUGUGAGCAUGGUUGGUAUUUGUAAAAAUAAUCAUUUGAAAUUUCUUGACGAGACUGAAUAAGUUGUAAAUAUCUGUAGCUAAAAUUGGUCUGGAUGUAUAUAGCUAGCAGUGUAUAAAUUAUGAUCAUGGGGAUUUAUGCGAUUACGAAUCAGGCAGAUGUGGCUAGCAGAAAAGUUCCUGAAGUAUAUUAAUGAUCUCAUUUGAGUCCCAAACGUGUAUUUAUGGUCCCUAAACUUUUAUGCUUCGGUGCCAAAAUGCUAAUUUGGCUCGAAACCUUCAUUGUUAUUCAA